AUGGACGAGUUAUCUUUAAUUAUUCAAUCAAUAAUUGAUACUGAAUUGGAUGAUCUUAUACUUGAUUUAGUUUAUGAAAUUCAUUCAUCACUUAAAGGAAUACCUGAAGAUCAACUUGAAAUAAAUAAUAAUGGUACUAAAACAAAAAAUUUUUCAAUACCAUUUUCACCAUCACAAACAACAGCUAUUGAAAAACAAACAUGUAUUUGUCCUCAAUGUGGUCAAUCAAAUAUCAUAGCUAUACGAUUUGCGUAUCAUCUAGCGAAAUGUCUCGGUGUUGGUCGACGUUCAUCUCGUCAAGCAAAAAAUCGAAUUGUUGAUCAAGUUAUGACUAUAACAGCUUUAUCAGAUGAUAGUCGAUCAAAUGGAGAUGAAUUUCAAAAUAUUUAUUCACAUAAUAUUAUACCAGAAGAUGCUGGAUCUUGUACAGAUUCGACAUCAAGUUCAAGUAAUAAUCAUCGUCGAAUGAUAAAUGAAGAUCAAGAAUAUACAGGUGAUUUUGAUAAUGAUGAUGAAGAUGAAGAUGAUUGGAAACCAAAAAAGAAAAAACGACGAAAUGCAACAGUCAAUACAAAUAAUGGAAAUAAAAAUAAAAGAAGAAAAAAGAAAGAUGAUAUUAUUGCUAUAUCACAACCUAUUGCUGAACUUGAUUUUCAUAAUUGUAUCAUUCCACUUGAUAAACUUAGUCCACGAACACAACAUACUGCAGUUCCGUUAGUAUCUUCAACUACAUCAUUAAAUAGUGAAAAUAUUUUUUUAAAAAAUCGACAAAUAUUACCAUCUUCUCCAUCAUCUCAUUUUUCUGCUCGAUCACCACUAAAUCUAGUCGAAGAUGAACAAUCAUCAGCAACAUCAAUUAUUAUGUUUCAAGAAGACAGUAAACGAUAA